GAGAGACAGGGACAGGCAGGGUGACAGAGGAGCUGGAGACACCAAGAGAAAGCGAGAGAGGUGCAGAUGAGGACAGUCAUCUUACUGCGCAACCUUGUCAAAUGAAGCCACUCUAUGUGCAGUCUAUGUGCAGUGUGCGCUCACUUUUCGAGCGCAUCUAAUGCGCCACAUCUCGAGGCGGCGCUUCACAGACAGACAGACAGACACCAAGCGAGGGAAGACAUGAUUCGGGAGAUAUUUGCCUUUUGACCGGCGCUGGCCGGAGGGAGGCUACCUGUGUUUCCCAUUGGCUGUUUCAUCUUUGUAACCCAACUGGACGACUGUUUCAGAGGACACCGAGGGUUGAAUGCAUCAGUGCCAAGAAAUUGCAUUACGUGGGAGACUUCUGCCAAGGAGACACAGAGACGUUUCUGGAGGAUGGAGGAGAGAGCCAGGCGCACGCAGGAGAAUGGACGCAGUGAUGGCCCUGCCAGAGAACCGCACUCCUCUCCCUGCACCAGCCUGAAGAUGUUUGUGGUGGCUUUGUCCUUUGCCUAUUUUGCAAAGGCUCUGUCGGGGAGCUACAUGAAAAGCACAAUAACUCAGCUGGAGAGGCGCUUUGACAUCCCCAGUUACCUAAUAGGUGUCAUUGACGGGAGCUUUGAGAUAGGUAACCUGCUGGUCAUAGCUUUUGUCAGUUACUUUGGGGCCAAACUCCAUCGGCCAAAAAUCAUCGCACUGGGUUGUGUAAUAAUGUCCAUUGGCACCUUCAUCAUUGCUCUGCCUCACUUCAUCAUUGGAAGCUAUAAAUUUGAAACAUCUGUGCGGUGGGUAGUGAACUCAACACUUAACCCCUCUCCAUGUCAGGUGGGCUCACCAACAAACCUGACCCAAGAUGGUAAACUACCUGAAUUGCCAGUCACAGGCUGUGAAGGCGAAUCCAAUCUGUCACUGUGGAUUUAUGUGCUUCUGGGAAAUGUCCUGCGGGGGAUUGGAGAGACACCAGUUCAGCCUCUUGGAAUUUCUUAUAUAGAUGAUUUUGCUACUGAAGAGAAUGCUGCACUGUAUGUGGGUUGUGUACAGACUAUUUCAGUGGUCGGCCCUGUGUUUGGCUACCUAUUAGGCUCCCUUUGUGCCAGAAUCUACGUGGACAUUGGAUUCGUAAAAAUGGAAACCAUCACCAUCACCCCAGCAGAUGCCCGCUGGGUGGGGGCCUGGUGGUUGGGCUACCUCAUAGCUGGUGUCAUCACCCUACUCUGUGCCAUCCCUUUCUGGUUUCUGCCCCGUUCCCUACCCCGGGGCCCAGAGAAGUGCACACCAGAGCAGACAAGUUUUAUUAAGGGGUCUCCCCUUCUGAAGCACAAGUAUCCAGCAGAUGAACAUACUAGUUUUAUAGAGAUGGCCAAAGACUUUAUUCCAACCCUCCGAACUCUGCUUGGACACCCUGUCUAUCUGAUCUACCUGUGUGUGACAAUCAUCCAGCUGAACUCUCUCAUUGGCAUGGUCACCUACAAGCCCAAGUACAUUGAGCAGCACUUCAGGCAGUCUGCUGCAAAGGCCAACUUUCUGAUGGGUGUUAUCAAUAUCCCAGCCGUGGCACUGGGGAUGUUUUCUGGAGGUCUGCUGAUGAAGAGGCUGAAGCUGAACAUCAUGGGAGCAGCCAGGUUUGCCUUUGGCACGUCUCUGAUCGGUUACAUCCUGUCACUGUUCUUCUUCGCAGUGAGCUGCGAGAAUGCCAAGGUGGCCGGGGUGACACUGUCAUACAACAGCAUAGAUACAAUAUCUUUUGAUAAACACUCAGUGUUUACAGCCUGCAAUUCAUACUGUUCUUGUUCAGCGAGUGACUGGGACCCAGUGUGUGGAGAGAACGGCAUCACAUACGUUUCUCCCUGUCUCGCUGGCUGCACCAGUUCUGUCGGCUCAGGGAAAAACACAGUCUUCUCUAACUGUAGCUGUGUCGGUGUGGCUGGUAACCUUACAGCCAGAACAGGUCAGUGCCCUCACAGGGACGACUGUGACAGGAUGUUCCCAUACUUCCUGGCUCUCGCUGUCAUCACUUCCUUUAUCAUCUCCCUCGGGGGGACACCAGGCUACAUGCUUCUCAUCAGGUGUAUUAAACCACAGCUGAAAUCUUUGGCCUUGGGUUUCCAUGCUUUGGCAACACGUACCCUUGCAGGGAUUCCUGCACCCAUCUAUUUCGGAGCAAUCAUUGACACCACAUGCCUAAAAUGGGGUCAGAAAAGGUGUGGAGGCAUAGGAGCCUGUAGAAUCUACAACACCACCUCAUACAGGAUAGCAUACCUGGGUCUGACUAUGAGCCUGCGGACCAUCUCAUUCAUUAUAUGCAUCCCGGGUUUCAUUCUGCUCAGUCGGCAGUUGAGGGAGGAGGAAAGAAAUGCCAUUCAUAGCGCUCUGGCCAAUGGUGGAGGUGGGACAGAGCCUGAGGCACUCAGGAAGGAAGAGUUUGGGAUUUCUAGUUCGUCAGACAACAGCACAGACAGGGAGACACGGCUGUGACAGAUCCAACAGAACUGACCCCAAUCGUCUCAGAUGAACAGCCACGUGUAUACACCCACGGUAUGUACAGAGUGAUACUGUAGGUACACUCGCACACAAAUGAAUUUUGCAGGGAAUCACAUGUUGUAUCCAUUUAUUUCAUAUAAUGCAUAAAUUCUAUAUUUAUACUACUGGAUCUGUGAAGGCUUUGUGAAUUUGACAGAAAUUUGAUAUAACUGAAGUUUCUUUUUUUCUUUAUAAAGAAAACUACAGCUGUUUUAAUGGUGGCACAAGAGAUUAGGAAAUGUGACUUGUGCGGACUACUGCAAAAAGAGUAUAAUUCUGAACACCAGCACUGAUAAAGCUGCCUCUUUCUUCCUGACAGUAGUGUUACUGAACAGAAGGGAAGUGGUGUUAAAAAAAAAAAACAGAGGCACAACACUAAGUUCAAAAAACACACAAAAGAGGACAAUUAGGCCUUCAAACAGAGACAGGGUUUUUAAAAUAUAAGUUUAAACAGAAAAGCCAAACAAGUUGUCAUGGAAAUAUGCAUUUGAAUGCAUGUCAGUAACUCGAAGCGGGCUUGACAGUUGUUGAUUUGGCAUCUGUGCCUCAUGCACUCAACACUUACCUCUACUUUAUGUGUGUAUCGUCUGUCUUGCUGAUGGUAGAUAGCUAUGUCACAUUUUGAAUAGACAUCUGAAUAACAUUUCACUUUUAAAUGUCAGAGUCUUUACAUCACUUUUAUCUUAAAUUUCUGACUGACUCAGACUUUUGUCUUUUACUUCGAGCCCAACAUUGGGUCUUAGUGUAUUGCAGUUUGUGUUGUGCUCUGUGGAUGUGAACUUGUACCCCUGGUUUUCAUACUCCCUAAAAAUGGAAGCUGUGUUCUAGUUAGCUCUGUUGAACUGUUUUCUUCCUAUGGCAUUAUUGAGGAAAACAUACAGUAUAGACUGAUAAAUGACUCAAUUGCUCAGAAAUAUCUCAGUGAGCCUCAGCAGGCUCUGCUAUUAGAUAACUGUUGUUUGAAACUAAUGGCUGAGGCAGAAUGUCUGCUCUUGUGUUUGGCUGCUGCCAGGUGUCGUGCCUUUGCAGAGGCAGAAUUUUUACUGAUCCAACAUUGAUAAAUGAUAUACUGUAUGUUUUCCCAGCCUUUAAGCAAGCAACCUCACCGUAAGUGAAGUGUCAUCACAAGAAUUGUACAUUUAUUUUGCUCAUGUGCAAAAGCUCUGCCAUGUUUUACUGGUUAGUCAAUUUGCAGCUUGGAUGCUGUUUUUAGCCUAUAGUUGUUUUGAAAUGCCAAGUAUGAUGAACUAUUAGUUCAUUUUUGCUAUGCUCUAUUGGCUGCACUGACAGGUAUCACUGAAUUACUUAAUACUAAAGAAUUUAAAUCCUGAUGAUUUUCAGACAAGUUCAGCAGCAUCAUCUUAUAAUUAUGAAAUCACAAUCUUAUAAUUACUAGAAAAGAUCUCAUAAUUACGAGAUCCGCCCAAUUUUUUUUUUUUCCUCUGAACGCAAUAUGGUUUUGUAAGAUCUCAAGACAGUUGUUUAAAAAAAUAAUACUUUUGUCUUUGUAAAUGUAUAGCAUAUUAUCAUUUUGUAAGACUAUUUCAGAAACAUAUGUACCAUUUUGACAAAUUACAGUAUGUGAUAACUAUUGUCUUUUGACUUCAGGGUUAGUUUCAGGCACUGGUGGCCACAAGUACAGACUCAAAGUCCUUAUCUCAGUAAUGUGAGGCAUUUACUUGCAUUAAAGAAAUCAAUGUAAAAAAUUCUUGUAUUAUUUUUGUAAA